ACGUCAUCACCAGGGCAGAGAUUAGUGAGGAAUAAGCAGACAGAAGCAGGGAUCCUUGGAGGUGCGCCACUCUCAUAGCUUUUGCAUCGUACCUACUGUCUCUCUUUUUUUUUCUCCCCACACACCUCAACUCGAACAGAGAGCGAGAACAGGAUAUCUGUUCAACAUUUAAACAAAAACAAAACAAAUGCCCGGUCCCACCCAAGCCCUUUCCCCAAAUGGAGAGAAUAACAACGACAUCGUCCAGGACAACGGAACCAACAUCAUUCCUUACAGGAAAAAUACUGUGCGAGGAGAGCGCGCCUACAGCUGGGGGAUGGCGGUCAACGUGUAUUCUACCUCAAUAACCCAGGAGACCAUGAGCAGGCAUGACAUCAUCGCCUGGGUUAACGAUAUUCUCUGCCUAAACUACACGAAGGUGGAGCAGCUCUCCUCAGGAGCUGCUUAUUGCCAGUUCAUGGAUCUGCUCUUCCCUGGCUGCAUCAGUCUUAAAAAGGUCAAAUUUCAAGCUAAAUUGGAGCACGAGUACAUUCACAAUUUCAAACUGCUGCAGGCUUCCUUCAAAAGGAUGAACGUGGACAAGAUUAUUCCAGUGGAGAAACUGGUCAAAGGCAGGUUUCAGGACAACCUGGAUUUCAUCCAGUGGUUUAAGAAGUUCUUUGACGCCAACUACGACGGCAAAGACUACGACCCGGUGGAAGCCAGGCAGGGUCAGGAUGCCAUUCCCCCGCCUGACCCCGGGGAGCAAAUCUUCAACCUGCCAAAGAAGUCUCACCACGCAGCCAGCUCCCCCACCGCAGGAGCUUCGAGGUUAAGCUCUGCUACCCCCAAGGCUUCAACACCAACAUCCAGACCCUCGUCAGCCAAAAAGAUACCUGCAACUGUACCAACUCCUGCUAAAGGAGAGAAAGAACUGGAAGCACAGGUCACUCAUCUGUCCGAGCAGCUGAACACAUUAAAGUUGGCACUGGAAGGGGUCGAGAAAGAGCGGGACUACUACUUCAGCAAGCUGCGGGAAGUGGAGAUGCUGUGCCAGGACCAGGGGGAAGAAAACGGGCCGUUUGUCGAACGGCUAAUGGAGGUGCUGUAUGCCUCGGACGAACAGGAUCGGGCAGAGCUGGCGGAGGGUGAUGGGCAGGAAGUGGAUCAGCAAGCCCAUGAGGGAACAUCACAAGAUCCGCAGGAAGAACAAGACGAAUACUGACUGCCAUCAUCCCUCGCCGCAGUUAAAACUCCUCUUUUUAUGUGAGAACUGUCAAGGAUUUUUAAUUUCUCCUCACUGUUUUUUUGUUUUUUUGUUUUUUUUUUUUUUUGUGAGUGCUCUUUUCAAGAAUGAGCACAUGAAGCAACCUUCUGGAUAAAAAUACAAUCACAGGGGUUUUCUUUUUUUUUUUUUUUUUUUUUUUUUUUGUAUUUCUGCUCACUGUUUGGUGUUUUCGUGACUCCUUGGUGAACUGCUGUGGCAGGUCUGUGCCCAAUGACCUCCACUAGCUGACGAGCUCAGACCAUCACAGAAGUUUUCACAGACUGUGCGGACGGAAAGUAGUUUCAAUUCCUGCAGUAGAUGUGACAAAAUGCUGAAGUUUAGGCAGGUCACCUUCACCUGUCGUUGCAAGUGUUAAAGUCUACACUUGUGUUCUAAUUUUUUUAUUAUUAUUAUUAUUUCAAUGUCAUUCUGCAUAUCAAUAUUAACCACAAGAAUGCAAUAAGCAAAGCCCUGGAAGGGCUCGUAGUAGCUCUUAUUGAACCUCCUCCCAUACGUUGCACUGACAUUGACUCUAUUCUGGACAAUCUGUCCAUAGAUCCUUACCGUAUUUAUUAUUAUUAUUAUUAUUAAGCCUUAGAAAUAGAGCAAAGAGCUGCAUUGCAUCCUCGUGAAGGAGGAUUAUUCUGUUACAGAGUUAUGAAUAAAAUGUAGUAAAAUGCCAACGUGUGACUGUUUGACAACUGUCCUCACAAUUACAAGAUUCCAGAUAAUCAGUGUGUCGAACAACGUGUUAUUGGAGCCGAACAGCUAGAACUGACUAGUCUUAUAGUAAAGCAGCCUUUUUUUAGGUUCACAGUCUCGGCGCUCUGUUUGUAUUCUUAGAGUUUUUCCUUUUUUUUUAAAAAAAAAGAAGAAAAAAAACCCACAGAGAUGAGUCGGUUCACUGAGCAGUUUUGCCUCAUUAUAUUCCAGUAAGUACAUUGUGUACCCGUUCUUAAUAUUGCAUUUACUAAUAUUGAGCUGAGCAGCGCACCACAAGGCUUUAGUUAUAUAAUGUGUAAAUGAAAAAGGAAUGUAAACAUGUACUGUCGAUAAUUAAUGAAUGGUAAAUGUUUUUGUUUUGUUUUUGUAUUUUUUCUUCCAUGCCCCACUCGUUAUGCAUUCCCCCCAAAAAAUGUGUUGCAUGUUUGCAUUUUAUUUGUGAAUAACUUGACCUGCUUUUUACAUAUUUAAUAAAAAAAAAAAAAAAAAAAAAGAUAUGUUAAGUGAGCCUUUGUAGGUGUAACUUACUGUCUGGAAGAUAUUACGAUUCGAGUGGAUGUGCUGUAAUAAAAUUACGUGUUUGAGUCCACAGAAGAGGUUUCCUGUAACUUUAAACUCAAAGUGGCAGCCGCGUUGCGCACAAGUGAAAUAACUUCGUUACUAUACUUGUUAGAGUGCUUUGGAAAUGUAUUGAUACCCUUUAAACCGCUCUGCAUUUAAUCACGUCAACUAAAGUCUUCCAUGUGUUUUAUUGGCACCUCUUAUGUAUUUUGAGACCAAAAUGGAACUUUUUUUCAUUCUGAAUUACCAUCAACAUUGUAAACCAUGAAGAUGGCAGCAUCAUGCUGUGGGAAGGCUUUUCUCCAGCAUGGACGGGGAAAGCCGGUUCCAGUUGAUGUGAAGAUGGCUGGAGCUAAAUACAGGGCAAUAAUACAAGAAGAAAACCUGUUAGGGGCCGCAAAGCACUUGAGACUGGGGAGGAGGUUCACCUUCCUGCUGGACAAAUAAACUAAACGUAGCCAGAGAUAGCUGCAGCAAAACGUGGUUCAACAACGUAUUUACUUAAUGGGACUGAACAAAAACGCAUGCCAGACCUCAGAAAU